AUUAUAUUAUCAGCUUCAUCACUCUGACCUGUGCUCUCUUUCUAUCUGUGUGCUAUCAUUUCAAACUGUCCUAUUUCUUACACACAUUUUACAUUUUGUUGCUUAGCAACAAUCCACUGCCAGAGGAAAGACUGAGGAUAGGAAAUACUGCUCAGAUUUUAAAAAGUGACAACGAUCUGAGAGGAGACACGAGCACGAUGGACACUGAGAUUUCAGAGAAAGAACGUGACAUUCUGAAUUAUACUGAAGAAGAAAAGGAGGUAAAGGAUGAGAAGAGCGUUGUGAAGGAGGAGAUGUCUGAGGAGCAGGAGAUUGAGGAGCUGAGGGCUCAAAUGCUGCAGCUUUUCAUUGAGCUGGAGGAAGCUCGAGAUUUGUCUCAGAAACAUGAAGAGACCUUUCUGGAGCUGCAGGGACUUCUUGAGGAUGAGCGUUUAGCGAGUGCUCAUCAGGCAGAGGCCUUCACAAGACAGAUCCAGCGUCUGCAAGCUCAGCUUCGCUCCGUUCAGGAGGAGAUGAACAGCCUGGAGGAGGAGAAAGAGAGCGAGCUGCAGGAGGCGCGAGAGGAGCUGCAGGAGGCGCGGGAGGAGGUGCUGAUCCUUCAGCAGGCGGCGGAGGAGGCUGCGGCCGAGAGAGAGAACGACAUCGCCUGUCUGCAGGAGGAACUCUGCCGGCUACGGGCUGAAAUCUCCCGACUGGAGAACACCGGACAGGAGUACGAGCUGGAGAUCGUCACACUCAGAGCAGAGAUCGAGAUGAAGAGUAAAUUUCGUCAACAGCAGAGGAGGGAGGGUGACAUGGGUGAGUUAAGGGAUGAAUGCAAUAAUUUAAAGGAGCAAUGUCUUUCACUACAAGAUGAAAACACAAGACUGACCAACAGAGUGCAGCUACUGCAGAAGAGGAGUUCAAGCGGUGCAUACCUCACUCUUAAAGAGGAACAAGAGGAGACAGAGGAGGCAAAAGACAUGGAGUGUGGCACAGAGACAGAUGCUGGAGGAUCCUACAUUAACAUCAACCAGAUGAGCUCCCACUGCAGGCUGGUGGAUGCUGGAAUCCAGAAGAACAUCUCAUUCGAAGGCAAACCUGUCACUCCCACCAGCUGGACAGGAGGAUUUUCAGAGAUCCUGUCGCUGAGAGAUCAACUCAAACAGACUGAAGAGAAAGCUGCAAACAUGCAAAGAGAGUAUGACGGACUAAAGACUGAAUUAAAAAAGCUGGGGGAAGUGUAUGAAAGCAGUCAGAGAGAGCGGGCCGAGCUGGAGCUGGAGUUAUUACGCUGCAGAGAGGAACUGGAGAGGCCUGCUGACGGACAACAGGAAUAAUGCUGACAUGAACUAUUGGAUAGUUGGUGGUUUUCUGUAUCCAAGAGCACAAGGUACUGAUUGACUCCGAGUAUAAUAAGACACAUCCUGAAUAUUGGGUGUUCUUUAUGAAAAUCACAUUUUAUGCUUUGUAAUACGAAUGGCUGUGUAACAGUUUUUAGAGCAACAUAGUUUGUCAUAUUGCUAACAGUUUCUAAAAAACAUCUUUUGCUAUGACUUCUGGGAAUCAAUUACCUCUUGUAAUAAUGCAUCAUUUUGUUAGUUUAGUUCCACAGUAUUAGCUGAGAUUUAUUAUUAUAACAAACUGUUAUUUGCUUCUUAGACAUUGAUUUCUGUGAUUUAUUCCUGUAUUUCUCCUACAGUCCUCUUGUGUUUUGUAUAAGUUAAUGAUUUAAUGUUGUAAUGUAUUCACCAAUUAAUUAUUAUUGUCUUGUGUUGAGACUUGUUUAUUUUAAAUGGUGUGAUGAAUUUAUAUUGAUAAAAUCAAUGGGAGAUCAAGUAAAAUAAAGGCAGAUUGAUCAAAGUGGCCCAUUUUAAUUUAUUAGUAAACAGAUAUUUAUACAAAUAUUUAAUUUAUGUAUGUAUAUACCUGUUGUUGUGUUAUUAUCAGAGUGUUUUGUUUUAUUUAGUUUUAAAGAGAUAAUAUAAAAUGAUAAUUAGCUUUAUGGUGUCUUUUACAUAAUGCCAUUGAGUAUUUAUAACUGCAAUAAUAUGGCAAGUGUUUUAGAUAUUUAUGCAUUUAUAAUGCAUGAAGCAACAGUAUAUAGAGCCAUACAAACUAUCAGUGUUUUAUUAUUUUAACUUCAGGAUUCAUUUAAAAUGGAUCUGGAUUACUGUAUCACCCUUAAAAUGUGAACAUUUCUCUCUUUCAUUUCAUAAUAGAUUAUAUACAUGUCACUGUUGUAUAAAAAUUAAAUGAAACCUUAUAUUUAUUAAUUUGUGGAACAGUCAUCAUCAGUAUAUGAUUUUUUUUUAGUUCAUGUGUAUUUUAGGUGUUAUUUUAUUUCAAUAAAAUCAAGCCUUUUGAAAAUACAGAA